CGGGCUCACUCGCAGCCUCGCAGGGAUCCCGGCACAGUCCGUGCGGCCGGCGGGACGGGCCGGGCCGGACAGCGGCGGAGCCCACGAGCAGCCCAAAAAUCCCGGGCUCCCCGGCAAGCCCUCGCCAUGGGAGUCCGCCCCGAAGUUGGCAAAUCCCCGGUUGACAUCCCCAAGAGCUCCAGCACCUGCUCCAGGAGUUUUUUCUGCAACAUCAAAGUGUUUGUGCUGUGCCAUGGGCUCCUCCAGCUCUCCCAGCUCCUCUACAGCGCCAACUUCAAGAGCAGCCUCACCACCAUCGAGAAGCGCUUUGGGCUCUCCAGCCUCUCCUCAGGUUUCAUCUCCAGCUUGCACGAGAUCGGCAACGUGGUGCUCAUCAUCUUCGUCAGCUACUUCGGCAGCCGCGUGCACCGCCCGCGCGUCAUCGGCGUCGGGGGGCUGCUGCUGGCCCUGGGGGCCUUCCUGGUCACCCUGCCCCACUUCCUCUCUGGCCCCUACGAGUACACUGCCCUCAGCACGGGUAACAAAAGCCAGGGGCAGGUUGAGCUGUGCUAUGCAGAGAGUAGAUUUGUGUGCUCAAACACCACCCGGGACCCCGAGAAGGAGGCCAGCAGUGUGUGGGCCAUGAUGGUCAUUGCCCAGCUGCUGGCUGGCAUCGGCACCGUGCCCAUCCAGCCCUUUGGGAUAUCCUACGUGGACGACUUUGCAGACUCCAACAAUUCCCCACUGUAUGUUGCCAUCCUGUUUGCCAUUGCUGUGUUUGGCCCUGCCUUUGGAUACUUGCUGGGAUCCGUGGUGCUGCGGCUCUUCGUGGAUAUUGGGAGGGUUGACACUGUGGAGCUGACGCCGAGCGACCAGCGGUGGAUCGGAGCCUGGUGGCUGGGGCUGCUCAUCUCCUCGGGCUGCCUGGUGCUCACCUCCAUCCCUUACUUCUUCUUCCCUCGGUACAUGCUGAAAGGAGAGGAGCGGAACACCGAGGCCGGGAUGCUCAGGAAGAUGGAGACAGGAGCUGCUCAAGACACCUCCCUGCUGGAGUUCAUCAAAAGAUUCCCAAAGAUCUUCCUCAGGCUGCUGCUCAACCCCCUGUUCAUCCUCCUGGUGCUGGCUCAGUGCAGCUUCUCCUCCGUCAUUGCGGGUCUGGCCACCUUCCUCAACAAAUUCCUGGAGAAGCAGUACGGUGCCUCCCCCUCCCAGGCCAACUUCCUUAUAGGAGCUGUGAACCUGCCGGCAGCAGCACUCGGGAUGCUGCUGGGAGGGAUCAUCAUGAAGCGCUUCUCCUUCUCCCUGCGCGCCAUCCCGCGCUUUGCCGUGGUGGUGCUCGUCUUCUCCAUCCUCAUCUGCCUGCCCAUCUUCUUCAUGGGCUGCUCCACAGGGCACAUUGAGGGCAUCUACCACCCCAGCACACCCAAUUCCCAGCAGCAGGUUAAGGCACGGGUUGGGUGCCAAUGCUCUAAGCAGAUCUUCCACCCCGUGUGCCGGAAAAACACCACGGAAUACAUCUCACCCUGCUUCGCUGGCUGCACCAACAGCACCACCAACCCCUCCAACCCCAGACAAACGAUCUACCACAACUGUUCCCUGAAUGGGAAUGAGCUGUUCUCCACCUACACGGGCUCUUGUCCAGUCAGCUGCUCCCAUAUGCUCCUUCCUGCCAUAUUCCUCAUCUCCUUUGCUGCCCUGGUGGCCUGCCUGUCCCACAACCCCCUCUACAUGAUGGUGUUACGGGUGGUGAACCAGGAUGAGAAGUCAUUCGCCAUUGGAGUCCAGUUCUUACUGAUGAGACUGCUGGCCUGGCUGCCGGCCCCAGCCAUGUUCGGAGCCCUCAUCGACUCCUCCUGCAUCUACUGGCAGCAGCAGCAGUGCACCCCGGGCCGCUUCUGCGCCUACUACAACAACGAUUUCCUCCGGAACAGAUACCUGGGGCUGCAGGUGGGCUACAAGGUGGUGGGCACCGUGCUGCUCGCCCUCAUCGGCUGGAAGGUGAAGAGGAGCAAGGAGUACAACGUGCAGGAGAAGGCGGCGGGGCUGGUGUAGCCCCCGAGGACUGACUCGCACCCCCAUCACCCACUGCCACUACUUUGUCUUGUUUGGGUUUGUUUUACUUCCCACGGGAGCGACUCCGCAGCUCCGAGCUCCCCUCCCGCAGCCCAGGUGCUCCCGGCGAGGGAUGCUCCGGGCCAGCCCCGUCCUGGGAAUGGCAUCGCCCGGGCUCUCCAGCCGCGCUCGCCCGUCUCCCUGGGGAGGGGCAGCCCCGGCCAGCUGAGCAGGAGGCAGAGGGGGCUGGAACACAGGGACCCGGAGAAGUGCCUGCUGUGGGCGAUGGUCCCGCUCCGGAGUGACAUUCCCGGCCGGGAGGUGCCUUCCCGGCUGGGACAGGAGCAGGGGAGGUGGCUGCCAGGUGUCCCCCCGGCCGCAGCCCCCACGGAGGUCAGCAGGGACACCACACACGUGUUGGGACAAGACAGCACAAGGGGUUUAUUGCAGAACAUCUGGGGUUUGUUGCUCUUUUUAUUUUUUAAAUAAAGGUCACUUUUCCAACCGCGGUGCGUUCUUGGUCUGCCCCCACCAGCAAGGCAAGCCCUGGGCAGGCUGCAGCUCACAGCCUGGCCCGUGCUGAGCACAUUCCAGCUGGGAAAGGGGAAAAAAUGGUGGCAGAGGGGGACAUUCUUCUGAAGCUCCACCGGUGAUGGGGGAGGGCUGGUAGGGGCUACACGGAGCUCAGGGAUGGCUGAGGAGCCCUGCCUGCAGUCCCACGGAACCUGCCCAGCCCUGCCUGCAGUCCCACGGAACCUGCCCAGCCCUGCCUGCAUCUCCCUGAUGGGCACAGGGAUACAGGCAGGGGCUGCAGGCACAGCAGGUUUUACCUGAGGUUCUCAUCCCCCAUGGGUUUGUUGGCACAGAUCAGUUCUGGUAUUCAGCUGCCCCUCUGGUGCCUCAGAGGAGGGAUCAUGAACAAAGAAAUGCCUGGCAAUUAAAAAGCUUCAUACCCUCUCCCUCACACCACAGUGCAGAGCAAGAGCCUGGGGUCCUUCUCACCCUUCACCGAGUUGCUGUUUUGGUUGUUUCACACCCCUCAGGUGGGUUUGGGUGAGGGUUUGGUGGGUGGGUUCUGUUAGUCCACACUGAUGGAAGCCCAUUCUGUGUUCCAGUACACAAACCACAAUCUGCUCCAGCAUUUUAAAGUAAUAUUUUAACUGCAGCUUUGCCUAGUCUAGCUAUUAUUAAUGAUCUUUACAAUUAUUAUUGAUCAGAUUGUCAGCUCCUGGUUUCCUUCUGAUCCAUCUCUGCCUGACACAGCACAGCCUUAGGGUUCAUAUCAAGUUCGACCCAUAGCCUAACAAGUCCAGCUACUGAGUUACUUAAAAAUCCUGUCAUUUUUUCAAUGCAGUGGGCUCUGGGCAAGGUGCAGUGGGUUUGGGGCUUUGUUUCAAGGAUUUUAUGGGUAGAAUGUAUUCAGGCCCUGCUGUCCUUACCCCAUAGCUUUUCCCUGUGGUCGUGGCCCUGCUGCAUCCAUGUUCAUGGAGAGAGCCAAGGGAAAGGAGGACAGGAGCAGACCUGUCCUGGGUUUGCUCUGGAUCACCAAAGUCUUCACAAAAAAGAGCUCUCUCCAUGUUAACCCUAUUCCUGUUCCACCUCUACCUGGCACAUUUCCCCUGAACACCCACCUGACCCUCCAUAACUUUCUCCACUUCUUUCACACCAGGAGUAACACCCAGCAGGAUAAACCCCAGGAGGGGAUGGUCACAAAGGGCACGAGGUGGCCCAAAUGGGGCCAGAAGCUCCAGAAGCAGAAGCUCCUGACCACAAAGGUGUCAGGGUGGUGGCUCUGAGCAGAGGGAAGGUAACAGCUGGAACACCUGCAUUGAGGAGCCCUGGGAACCACCCCCUGGAUCCUGAUGUCCAGGCAUUGUUAAUUUUGCUUUUCUUUGCCUUUCAGCAAUCUCUCCUCCUCUUUCAGGUUUUCUGCUAUCCCAGUUAUCACUGUGCUCGUCAUUCUCCUCCAAAAACAUCUGCCUUUUCCAGGGGAACAAUUUGGAGUACAAUCCAUAGCAAAAAACAUUGACCAAAAGAGCUUUAGUACAGUGAAGCCUCAGUCCCUGGGGAUGUGUGAACACAGAGGGUUCCUGACUCAGGGUCAGGCAGCUGCAGCAAGAAGGGGCUGAGUUUAUCACAUCCCACUGUCCUGCCAAAGCCAUCCCAACACAGCCCUACCGAGCUGCAGCCUCAGGAGCAGCACUCCCAGCCAGCAGAGCCACGGGCUGGGAACAAGGUCAGGAGAGCAAAGAACAAAGCACAGAGCUGACUGGGGAAUCAAGAAAAACAAGAAAACAACACUCAGAGUUUCCAGUUCUGCUCUCUUCCCUCAGCCACUGGGGAAAACCAGCCCUGAGUAUUUAAAUAUUUAAAAAAUCACAGUGAGGCCCAAAAAACUCCUGGAGUUCUGCUCUGUGCUUCAGCACGAGUGGCUCUGGGCACAGCCCCAGCUCGGCCAUGGCCAUGCAGCCAUUCCCCAGCCCAGGAAAGCUGAGGCAUCUCAUCUCCAUCCAGCACAGCCACAGGGUGCCACAGCCACCUCCAGGGCAGAGCAGUGUGCUCUGCCACCACAGCAGGCUGGAGCUUCCCUGUGCACAUCACCAAGGUGCCUUUCAAUUAUGAUUUGUGGGCAUUUUUUGCUAGGUGAUUAUCAAUUUCUCAAUUAGUCGGACCAAGAAAUACAAAACCAAAAAAAAAACCUCAACCCCAAAGCCCUCUGUGUGCAGAAAACAAAGUUUUUUGACAACACAGACCUGGCCACAGAGCAGGAAGGCUGAUACCCAGCACUGUGCUGAGCAGGAGCAGAGCCCCAUCCAUGUGGAUCUGACACCCUGGGAAGAGCCAAGCCAAACACACAGACUGAAGCAAGACUUGAGAACAAACAUUUAAGCAUAAAAGAAUUUACUUAAGGAAUACUUUUAAAAAUAACUUAAAACCCACCAUGGCCUCAUGGUACCUCCCCCCACUUAAGCUGAGGCUGGUGCUUGGCUUCUGCAUCCUUGCAAGAACAAUCACACAAAGAAACAGCAAUUUUUUACCCAAAAUCAUUUCAGCAUUAUGGAUUUGAAGCAGGCAGCCCAAGACCUCCAGCUAAAGGAGUUCAAAGCAUGACAAACAUGCUCCAACAGGACUCUGCCUGCAGGAAACAGAAGAAUGUAACAUGUUUGGUAAAUAAAACCCUCCCCACCUCCUGCACGGAUGGUUCCUGAGGCUGGAAAUGCAAGGACCAGCUUCAUUACAGGCACAGGGCUUUGCUGAAGGCUGUUCCUGCUCUUCCCAACACUUGGCAAUACUGCAGGGAGGCAGGAAAAGCCCCAGAGAAGGAAAAGUACACAACAGAUGAGUUGAGUGAUGAAGGAGGACUCAAACCACAGGGGACAGUGGGCUGCAAACUACAAAAAGGGUCUGCCAGGAGCCAGCCACCCCCCAGCCCUAAAACAGCAGGGGAAGCUACAAAGGGAAAAUGUCACUGCACUGGAACCCUCCAAUGCGCAGUGAGACACAAAAGUGGGAAAGUCUCCCCUCUCUUUCCCCUGUUCCUUGAGCACCCCUGCCACAAGGAGGAAGCCACAAGGAGGAAGCACUCACGUGCUGGCAGCUCCUUGACUUUCCCUCUCACUCAGCCCUAAGUGCUGACUAAUUAAUUACACACAAAGCAAGUCCUUCCUGCAGCCAGUGCAGCAGGAGACUGCACAGCAAAUGCCUGGCAGGUCCCAGCUGCAGGUACAGAUCUGGAAGUGUGCCCAUCUCACAGCUUCAUGCCAUGAUCCCCUGUAGCUCUGCCACUCUUAGAGUGUUUGUUGCUGGCUGUGGGAGGAGAGCUUGGAAGGAGAAGCAGAGUGAAGCUUCCAGGACACAGCCCUCAGCUGAAGAAAAACUCCCAGGAGCUGAUCAAGAGAGGGAAUCACCAGACAUGGGCACAGAGCUGAGCCCAGGGAGUAAAGCAGGGCAGGCAGUCUGGUUUGGGCAUUUCACACUCCUCCUGCCCCACAGAAAUGGGGCUGCACCAGUUUGGAACAAUGGGAAGGCAGACACAAUGAGGAAACCAGCUUUUUAUGCUCUCUCAAUGCCUGCCCAACUUAGGGAGCCUGUGCAUGCUCCCCAGCAGCCCCAACCAUGAGGUGGUCAGUGGCUCUGAGAGGCAACAGGGGUGUAAACCACGGCAGGAAAGGACAGGCUCACUCCAGUCUCUAAAACUCACCUGCCAGUGCACUCCUUCCUAAUUUGCUUGGCAACUACC